AUGCUCACACUCUCCUCUCUGCCCGCUGACAUCCUCAUCAUUGUGCUCGAGUCACUCGGCAUCCCAGAGCUCCUAGCACUCUCAAUGACAUGCCAUCUCAUGAACUCGAUCGUAGCAGAGUACGGCUGGGCCAGCUAUUUGCGAUCGAAUCCGCGUCCGUCAUGCAGCCUGUCGCAAGCAAGGAACCUCUGGCUUCCUCGCACCCGCGCUCGAUAUGAUGUCAUGACAGACGCUUCCUGGGGCAACAUGGACUUCAUCGCUCGCCCUCUCUCGCGGAUCUGGAAUGGAAGACUUCAGCCCAUCCUUGCCAUCAGUCCCAGCCGACUGCUCGUGGCAGCUGGGAGCAACCUCUACUCAUAUUCCUUCGGUAAAAGCGAUGACGGUUCCGCCGCAUCGCCUCCCAUAUCCUUCGAAGGGUCGGUCUCCCUCUUACUUGGGCACCAGCCCGAACGUCCUCGCAACAUCACCGCACUCGCCUUUGUCGAGGACCGCGGCCUCGACCGUACUCUGGACGUCGCAUUUCAAGACGGAGGUAUUGAACGCGUCUUUCUUCAUUCCGUUGCCGAUGUCCCAGAUGGAGGAACACCACAAUUAUUCUUUACGCGGAAUAACGUCACCCCCAUGCCCGACGGUGAUUUUGUUGAAAGCAUUUCGUCGGAGUCAAACAUCGUCCUAGCAUUAUCCUCGAAUGGUCACGCACGGCUUUGUGCUGCCACCAAUCUUUUACUCUCCGGCCCGUCCAACCCACACCAACAUCGGAACUCCAUCCUCAACCUCCAGGCACGUAGCUGGGUUUCAUACCUUUGCCUUCAAUCGUCAACACCCUAUGCCGCCUUCGGCACCUCCUCAACCACCCCACUCAACGUCCACUCCCUGACCGACGGUGGUAUCCUCAGCGAACAACCCACUGCCAUCCUACACACCCAGAAAGCAACUCUUGACAAGCUUCCGUCCUCGGCCGUAUACGGCCUCGCCCGGGGUCCGCUCAACUCUCCAUGGGGAGCCUCUCCGCAGAUCCUCGUCUCAGGAUGGUACGACGGGCAAGUUCGGUGCUACGACCUGCGUGCGUCCGAUUCUCGUCUUCCGGCAAGACCAUCCCUAACCAACAACGAGUCCGGGACGGGCACUUCUACGAGCCCGAACCCUCUCCGGCCCGUGCUCUCGCUGGCUGACCGGUGGUCGUACGAGCCGAUCUAUUCCGUCGCGUGUGGUGGUGGGUCGGCGGCACACAUUGCCGCGGGCACUGCGAGGCACAGCGUCGUCUCGUUCUGGGACGUGCGCUCGCCCACAACGGGCUGGAGUGUACGCGCACCAGGGAACGACCCCUCGCCCGUCUACUCCGUCAUCCUCGAGAGCUCGCGUUUCUUUGGGGCGACACAGAGCCGUCCAUUCGUUUAUGAUUUCGGCCCAGGCGUCUCCCUCGACACAUACCCGACGAUCCCCCAGGUCCGAGGAAUUGAUGGCCUCAAGCAGAAGAAAGGCUCCCAUCGAGCCACCUAUCACGUACUGCGCUACGCACACAACGGCUCAGGGCUCUGCAAUGAUCACUAG